AUGGCGGACGAGGUGAUCCUUCUGAAUUCCUGGCCUAGCAUGUUCGGAAUGAGGACGAUGAUCGCCUUGAAGGAGAAAGGAGUGAAGUAUGAGUACAGAGAAGAGAAUCUGAAACCCAACAAAAGUCCUUUGCUUCUAGAGAUGAAUCCGAUGCACAAGAAGAUCCCUGUUCUUAUCCACAACGGUAAACCGAUCUGCGAAUCUAUCAUACAGGUCCAGUACAUCGACGAGGUCUGGUCCGAGAAGAACCAACUCCUUCCUUCUGAUCCUUACCAGAGAUCUCAAGCCUUAUUCUGGUCCGAUUUCAUCGAAAAGAAGGUACCAAACAAGUGUCUUUUUCAUUUCACUUCCCUUCAAUUUUAA